AUGUCUCGACUGACUUCGCGCGCCCAACUCUCUGAGCAUCAAGUCCAUCCGGACCCGACGAGCACUGAUCCCCUGCUGCCCUCGUCCGCGCCGCUUCCGGACCAAGCGACGCCGCUGCACAAGCCACCGCGAUGGUGGAGCUCGCAAUCCGGGACAGGGGCUUCGUCUGGCUACGCUUCAGGCUUCGAACCGAAUGGCUGGGCGAAGCUGCGCUAUCUGUACCGCGAAGAGCUGGCCGAGUUCUUUGGUACCUUUUUGAUCCUCAUCUUUGGCGCGGGAGUCGAGUGUCAGGUGAAUAUGCACUACCACUCGUCCGCGACUCGAGACGUUUCUGCGUACGGAAGCUACUUCCAGGGGCGAUUGGCAUGGGCAGCGGGCGUGGCGAUGGCCGGCUGGGCGAGCGGAGGUGUGAGCGGCGGACACUGCAACCCGAGCGUCACUGUUGCUCUGACGCUAUUUAGAGGAUUUCCGCGCAGGAAAGUGGUGCCGUUCGUGGUUGCGCAAACGCUGGGUGCAGCGGUGGCGAGCUUGCUGGUCUAUGCGAAUAACGUGACCAACAUCGAGCGCUUCCAGACUGCCGCAGCCGGUGCAAUCGCGGGGAGCCGAACAGUCAAAGGAGCUGGAAGCACAGCGGGCUUCUUCUUCACCCUCCCCGCACCAGAGCUCUCCUUUACCUCUGCGUUCUUCUCGGAAUUCCUCGCCACCGCCAUUCUGCUCUUUGUGGUAUUUGCCUUGGCAGACACGGCCAACCUGAAACCUCCGCACGGCACCCAGCCGUUCGCCAUGUUCAUCGUCCUACUUGGCAUCGGCGCCAGUUUGGGCUACAACACGGGGUACGCGAUUAACGGCGCGAGGGACACGGGUCCGAGAAUUGCGCUCUGGCUGGUCGGCUACGGGAACGAGGUCUGGACGCACGACGGCGGGUAUUGGUUCUGGAAUCCGUGGCUAAGCAGUAUUUUGGGAGGGGUGGUGGGGGCGGCGACGUACGAUGCUUUCUUGUAUUCCGGGAGGGACAGUCCGUUCAACCGGCCCAAGCGGGUGAGGGCGGCAGUAAGCGGCGGUGGGUAUGGCCUGUUAGGCACUCACGAGGCUGAAGAAGACUAA